GGAAGAUGGAGAGGUAGUGGUGUCUGAAAUAAAAGAGCAGUCGUCUUUUGUCUGAACCUCUCUUUGUUCUGUAUUUUAUUAUAACGCUGCAAUAUAUAAACUCAACUGGUCCCUUAGGUUCGAGCAGUGAGCCGUUGGCUCAUAGGGCGGGGAAUUGUCUGGUUAGGAGAUUAUCCCGGACAUUUUUGGGUUUGGCCUACUUCCGCACAAAAGGGAAUAAAAAGGCCCUGCCAAACUCAAAAGUUUCAGCUCUUGUCAAUUUUCUUCCCUCUCUACAACCAAAUACACUAUGUCUCCUCAAAUUCUCGGUAAAGGUGUCUACGUCCCUAUCCCUACCUUCUUCAAGGAUAACGAAGAGUUGGAUUUGGAAACCCUGGAAAAGCAUUUGAGCUUCCUGUCUAACACUGGAAUUGCUGGUAUUAUCUUCCAGGGAUCCACUGGUGAAGCUAUCCACUUGUCUGACGAAGAACGUAUCACCUUGAUUGAGGCUGGUAAGAAGUUCUUGUCCAAGUCUGAUCCUUCCAUCAAGAUUAUCGCUGGUGCUGGUGCUCCUUCUGCCCGUGGUACUGUCAAGCUCUGCAAGGAUGCUGCCAAGGCCGGUGCUGACUAUGUCAUGGUUUUGCCUCCUUCUUACUACCUCAACCGUGUCAACAAGGAAUCCAUCACUGCUUUCUUCACUCGUGUUGGUGAUGAGUCUCCUUUGCCCGUUAUCAUCUACAACUACCCUGGUGUCUGCCAAGGUGUUGAUGUCGAUGUUGCCACCUUGACUGAGUUGUCCCACCACCCCAACAUUGCUGGUGUUAAGGGUACUGACGGUAACAUUGGUAAGGUCGGUUACUUGGCUGAGCACACCAGUGCUGAUGAGUUCACCUUGUUGGCUGGAUCAUGCGAUUUCCUUUUGCCCGCUUUGACUGUCGGUGCUGUUGGCUGUGUUCCCGGUUUGGGCAACAUUUCUCCUAGAGCUAUCGUCAAGCUCCAACAACUUUGGGACCAAGGUAAAUUAGAGGAAGCUUCCGCUUUGCAAAAGAAGUUGGUCAAGCCUGAUGACGCUUUGAACCGCUGGUACGGUUUGUCUGGUGUUAAGGGAGGUAUGGACGAAGUUUUGGGCUAUGGUGGUCCCCUUCGUAACCCUCUUCAACGUCUCAACAAGAAGGAUUCUCAGCGUGUUGCUGAAGGUCUCCAACCCGCUUGGAUCAUUGAACAACAAUUGCAAAAGGAAGCCGGUGCCCAGUAAAAACUUGGUUACCUACUAUUCACCAAUAAUUUGACAAAACGACACUCCCUUCCAUGUCAUGCAUUGACUGUACAAUUUUCUCCCCCUGUGCAUUUUCUACAUUUUUGCUAUUGUAUUUCUUCCUGUUUUCUCAAAUAUACACCAAUUUGGAUCAUUCCAUAUAACAAGCAGAAUAUCGUUCUG